AAAAUUUGAAAAAAGUAAUUAUAGAUCAAGAAAUUGAUUUUCGUCGCUUACAGAAUAAUCUUCAGGCACGUAGACCUCAAACUCGAGCCAAUAAAAAAAAAAAAAUAUAAUACUACAGAAACAAAAAGAUCUUAUGGAACAUAGAUUAUCACUUCAUGAAUUUUUAGACUCAUUUAGUCGCUUCUAUGAAGACUAUUUAUACAAUAUGGACAUGAUUGACGAAGAGAUAACUCAUGAGAACAAUCAUGAAGUUUGUACCGAUUUUCUAUCAGAAAGUUUUAAUUCUACGUCGGAGGAAACUCUGAGAACUGCUAAUAGUAACAUAAAUACAAAUACAAUAAGAAAUCCACUUACAUUAACGCAGAGACAAGAUUCUGUGCAAGAAGAACUCUCUAUUUCUGAAAAUGCAAUUGGUACAGAUACUCUAAUCGACGUCAACACUGUAGAAUUCACAAUUGAUGUCGACACUGAACUUACUACAAAUAGUCCGGUAACAAGUGACACGCACAAUCAAAAUACAAACAACAUUCCCAAUUUAUCACGAUUUGAUAAUGAUGAAUUUGAUGACGAAUCCAUUUAUAACAUCCCAGAUGACGACUAUGGAUAUUGGUACGAAGGUCAGGAAACUAUUGCAGAAAGUGACGUCCCGUAUCAUAAAGUUGAUAGACUUUCUCUGGAAAGGGGCAAAGAAAAUGAAGGAGUAAGGUCUGAUCAUAGAUGCACUAUUUGCCUUGAUGCUGUAUCGAAUCAAGUUUUUAUACCGUGCGGUCACAUUUGUUGUUGUGAAGAUUGUGCUAAUUAUAUUAUGGGAGAGAGCAAUAAUGUUAAGAAAUGUCCAAUCUGCAAAGCAGAAAUUUCAUCUAUCUACAAAGUAUAUACAGCAUAAAUGAGUUUGUAUUUUCUUCUAAAUAUAAGAACAUCUAAGAAUGUUUGCAACUUUCUUAAUACGCGUAAUCUGAGAUACUUGUCAAUUAUACGCUUUGAAAUAUAUAUGGCUAGACUACCUUGCAUAUUUUAAUCUUUACGCAUAUAGUGCGCAAUACUUAAGAUACAUAAAACAUUAUU